AUGAAGGUUUUCAUUGUUCUGUCGGUCGUUCUGACCAUCGCGUUGUGUGACGAUGCUGAUCGCCUAACUAAGAAGGACAAGCGCGGCGUCGUCGAGCUCAACAACGGCUAUGAGCAGUACUACGCUGGAGAGGAUCACUACUAUGGAAAUGAAUACUACGGACCUGUGACGAAUCACGUCACGGUGACAAAGAAGGUUGCCGUCCCGUAUCCUGUAGCUGUUGAGAAACAAGUCCCAGUGGCGGUGAAAGUCCCGGUAGCAGUGCAUGUGCAAAAGCAGGUUCCAGUUGUCGUGGAGAAGAAGGUUCCCGUGUAUAUCGAGAAGAAGGUGCCAGUGCAUGUCGAUCGUCCCUAUCCCGUACCGGUGAAGGUUCCAGUCAAAGUUCCCGUUUAUCACAAACAGGUGGUCGAAGUAGCCAAGCCAUACCCGGUGCCGGUAGAGAAGGCAUACCCGGUGUACGUGAAGCAGCCGCACUUCGUCCAUAAGAGUCUCCAGUCCUCGGUCUACGAGACUGAACCAACAUUGUACAGCAGCCCAGUAUCGUAUGGCUACUAA